AGUGUGUGCAGGUAGCCACGAUUCAAGGUAGGCUAAUAGGUGCAGGGAUGAACAAGCCAACGUCAGUUUCAAGUGUCAAAAAGUGUUUCUAAGUCGUUAAAGAUACAAAUUGAAAUUGUAUGAUUUAUUAUUUUUGAAUGACGUAUAAUUUGUGCUGAUCCUUCCAGCCUGAGCCUUUAACGAAAAGAUAAGGAGAACACAUGAGUCUGUGACAGAAGGAGGCUCCGCGGUCUGCGCGCUGACGCACGGCACAGGUGCGCACCCGCCAACCAAAACACGUUUGUCUUUUGGAGACUCUGCAGUCCUCCUGAGUGAAGCCGUCAUGGAGAAAUCGAAAAACUUCCGAAUUGACGCCCUGCUUGCUGAUGAGACCAACCGUGUAAGUCGAGACCUCUCCCCUGGUCUGAGCAGCGACAGCCCAUCAGGCAGCCCGUUAUCCUGCCGCCGCGCGGACACCCCGUCCCCGCGGGCCGCACAACUUCAAGGACUAAUCCACAAACCGGGCAUGCUAAAUCUCCCGCACCCAGGCCUCGCUUCCAUUCCUGGCAUGUAUCAUGCCCCCAUGUACCCCUUAUCCGCGUUGGGUGGACAGCACCCCGCGUUUGCAUACACCGGUUUCACACAACUAACACAGACCUACCCAGAGCACCUGAAGGCAGCUGCCAUGGCGGGAUCUCUGCCCCUGGAGCACUGGAUCCGCGCCGGUAUCAUGAUGCCACGACUACCAGAUUACAACACGGGCCCUCAGUCUGGUUUGUUGGGGAAGUGCCGGAGGCCCCGCACCGCCUUCACCAGUCAGCAGCUGCUGGAGCUGGAGAACCAGUUCAAGCUCAACAAGUACCUGUCCAGACCCAAACGCUUUGAAGUGGCCACCUCACUCAUGUUGACUGAAACACAGGUUAAGAUCUGGUUCCAAAAUCGGAGGAUGAAGUGGAAACGCAGCCGUAAGGCGAAGGAGCAGGCCACGGCUUCUGCUCCGUCUGAGUCCCAGCGACUACGCAGCGGGGGAAAAACAGCCACGGACAAACCGGAGGAGAGCAGACGAGCUGUGAAACCAGAAGACAGGGGGAUUGAUCUUGAUCUGGAGGACGGAGAAGAGGUAGAAGAGGAUGAGGAGGAGGAAGAAGAGGAGGAGGAAGAAGAGGUGGAAGCCCAGCAUGGUUUUCCUAUUGUGAUGCAACGAUCCAAAGACUUCUUACAACGCAGCACCGACAUUGGCUACAAUCCCCACAGCCCUUUCUCUGACGAGGAGCUGGAGGGGGUGCAAGCAGGAGGAGGUGACAGGAAGAUCGGGGCAGGACUGUGAACAGACUCUCAGGAGACAACGCUUUGACUUGCUGAGUGUUACAGAGAGAUUACACUGAGACAUUACUGUGUUUGUGAGCACUAGAGAAGACAAUUUACAAACACACACAACAGACACAAAUAUGCUGUAUAAAAUAGCUAUGAAAAAAAAUCAUCUCUCAGUACAGUACAUUUUGUAGCAUGCAGGUGCUCAUUUCCUCCCUAAAUGUAGCUGUUUUCAUCCAAUCACCUUCUGGUCACCUUGUCUUUGCUCCACCCACUGACAGAUGGAGCUCCAGUGAAGACAUGGUUACAUGAAUGAAGCAUCCAAAGUGAGAGAAUUGAACUGUCUUGCAUUCAGACAGCGUGAGAAUGUGCAGCAUAGGUGCAGCCUCCGCUGCAUCAUGAAGACAAAAAAGGUUAAACAAGCAGUGUGACGUUGUAAACAAAGACACAAUACAAGCUAACAAACAUCUGCCGCUCCAGAUGUUUUUCGGUCGCAAAUACUUUGCAGAACAUAUCAUGUAUUACGUUUACCUUUGUGGAUUUUGUGUGUACAUUUUGGUGUUUAUUUUCUUCUCGUGAGGUUUAUGAAUUUGUUCUUGUCACUCACGUUGUGUAA